GUAACGAGCGCCGUAAACUUGCAGCGUUCAGACCUCAUCAGGAGAUACAAGCGAGACGUUAUUUAAAUGUAGGUAAACGAAGUUAUAUUCAUGUUUAUGACCUCUCCUUUUUGCCUAAAGACAAGAAAUGGACGGGUGUCGGCGUCUGUCCGAACUGACAGGCUGAACACGAUCAUUUGUUCUGUAUUGAUGAGUCUGUGACACCGUAAAGUUGUGACGCAAGUGAGUAGUGACCCAUUAAUUAUGUUGAGCGACGCUUGUAAUGCACAACCGCCUCAUGUCAGAAUGGGGGCUCUGGCAUGGAAGCUGUGCAUUGGAUGUGGAUGCAAGAUUUCAGACCGCUUCCUCCUGUUUGCUUUGGAUGGGUACUGGCACUGCCACUGUCUCAAGUGCUCCUGCUGUCAAGCCCAGCUGGCAGAAAUUGGCUCAUCGUGUUUCACAAAGCGUGGCUUGAUCCUCUGCAAAAGUGACUAUAUAAGAUUAUUCAGUCAAAGCGGAGCCUGCAGGGCUUGCAGUAAGUCCAUCCCAGCAAAUGAAAUGGUUAUGCGAGCACAGGGCAAUGUUUUCCAUGUCAAGUGUUUUGUAUGCUCCAUCUGCCAUAACCAGCUAGUACCUGGUGACCGUUUUCACUACACAAAUGGAAAACUGUACUGCGAGCGGGACAGACCAACAGCUUCUGCAUACAGAAACGACCACUUGGAUUCACUCGGAGAGCACAACAUAUCCGAACAGAAGUCAUUUUUUUGCUGAGCUCUGAGAAAGAGACACUAAGAGCACCUAGAUUCAUAUUCAAGACCUCAUAUAACCCAGUAGUUGCUUUGUCGGCUACAGACCAUUAUGUGAAGGCCUAAUAUUGUGGAAAUUUAAGGUAUAUGGUAAUAUAUGGCAGUUUAAAUGAGGUUAACCAUUGGAGCUGAAAAGCAAUAUCAGCAAGCAUCCUUGCGUAUCAUAAUCAAUUAUGAAUUGGUUUUGCACAGAAUGACCUUUCUUAUGUUGUGGAGCUUCAAUUUAGUUGUGGUGUCUGUUAGUUUUGAUCUAGUGCUGUGUACUUCAAUUUCAGGCAGUGAAAACACCACCUUCCACUGGUGUGAGUGACAUUUUGUCUUUUGGUCACGGCCGGGACAGCUAUUCUUCCUGGUCUGCAAUUACAGUAUCACUGCAAUUAACCUGUCCAUAAAUCAGUCCUGGAAGCAUCCAGAGAGUCCAAGUUCUCAGUAUCCUUGGAAGCAGACCUCCAGAUGAUCUCUUAGAAAGCAUUUUUUUUUUUUAAUUCUAAAAACAACAUUCUGAGUUUGCUAUAAAGGACCAAUCUUUAAAGUGUGUGUGUGAAGUAAUAUUUGCUUUAGUCAAAAUAAUUAAAAACCUUUAAAAAAAAAACCCAUUAAGGAACUCUUCAGUAAUGUGAGCUGUUUUCAGUUGUUGUGAUACUUUCUAAAUGGUUUCUAAAUAAUAGAUUGACAGACACAGAAUUUAUGGAAAACAGCUCCCUCUGUUGGCUGAAGGGAAUUUGUCUUUUUUUUUAUAUAUUUUUUUUAUAUGCCUUUGUUAAAAAAAUAGAGCAUUUUCCAGUAAAAGCAACAUGAUAGCUUCGUGCAGAAUUAAUCUGUUGAAUUCUCAGUUUAGAAAAAUAAAAAACUCGGGAACAUUUUUCUAAAACAUUUUAUUAUUGUUUACAAAAUAAAUAAUAAAAUACAUUAUACAUUA